UCCUCACGAAGGACAGUGGUAUAUGCGGGGAGGAGAUUUACCACUCUCAGUAAUUUAUAUAUAUAAAAUCAUACAUUCCAAUUAAUCGUAUCAUUUUUAUAUUAGUAAAAUCCAACGAAAAUCAGGUCGUGGUUGUUUGAGAUAGUGAACAAAUAAAUAUCUCUGUGUGAAGUUAAAGCGAUAUAAUGGGCAUCUGGCAACCCAGUAAAGGUGAUGAGCUUUCGAUGUGAUACAGUUGUGGUGAGUGCAGCGUCGAGACGUCCAGAGUGUCGCAUUUUUAAGCGGUGAAUGGAACAGCUUAAGCGAAUGGCUCGUCUGUGCAUUGGUCCCCGACUACAAAGAGUUCUUGUGUAACCCAGUAAUCGUCUAUUGUGACGGAUCUACCAAACCAGGCCUGAUGGAUUCAGGUACUCAACGAGAGCUGCGUACAGCAGAUCCCAGCCUCCACUUGCUCCGUCACGGCCAGUCCUGAGUAUCGGGCGUUCACAUCAACACACUUUGCCCGACCUCACCAUCCCUUUAUCUGCUUCUUCCCCAUCCCACUCCUCCACUGGAUCCUCCACCGGCCCUCCCAUUUGCAACCGAAAUGAUCGGCAAGCUAAAGCAGAACUUACUAGUGGCCUGCCUGGUCAUCAGCUCCGUCACAGUCUUCUACUUGGGUAGGCACGCCAUGGAGUGCCACCACCGGAUAGAGGAGCGCAGCCAGCCACUGGUGAGCAGCCUGCGUACCACUCUGCGGACGGGCCAGAACCUCAGCAACCCCUUCAUCUACAAUAAAGACAUGCCUCUUAUAUUUAUCGGCGGCGUCCCUCGCAGCGGCACCACUCUAAUGAGGGCCAUGUUGGACGCUCACCCCGAUGUACGCUGUGGGGAAGAGACACGCGUCAUCCCGCGCAUCCUGGCCAUGAAGCAGAUGUGGAGCCGCUCCGGGCGGGAGAAAAUGCGUCUAGAUGAAGCUGGAGUGACGGAUGAGGUUUUGGACUCAGCCAUGCAAGCUUUCCUACUGGAGAUUAUUGUAAAACACGGAGAACCUGCCAACUUCCUAUGUAAUAAAGAUCCCUUUGCUCUUAAAUCACUCUCUUAUCUGGCUAAAAUCUUCCCUCAUGCUAAGUUCAUCCUCAUGGUCCGCGACGGCAGGGCCUCCGUCCACUCUAUGAUCUCCCGUAAGGUCACCAUUGCUGGCUUUGACUUGAGCAGCUACCGGGACUGCCUAACAAAAUGGAACCGGGCCAUUGAGACAAUGUACACACAGUGCCUGGAGGCAGCGGACAAGUGCCUUCCUAUGCACUACGAGCAGCUCGUUCUGCACCCAGAAAAGUGGAUGAGGACGCUUCUGAAAUUCCUGAAUAUUCCCUGGAAUGAUGCGGUUCUGCACCAUGAGGAGCUCAUUGGAAAAGUAGGAGGUGUUUCGCUCUCCAAGGUAGAGAGAUCUACAGACCAGGUGAUCAAGCCUGUCAACGUGGAGGCCUUAUCCAAGUGGGUGGGUAAGAUCCCCCCGGAUGUGCUGCGGGACAUGCCUGUCAUCGCCCCCAUGCUGGCCAGGCUCGGCUAUGAUCCCCACGCCAACCCUCCCAACUACGGCCGGCCUGACCCCCUUGUCCUGGACAACACAAGAAGGGUCUUUAAGGGUGAAUUUCAGCUACCUGAUUUUCUUAAAGAACAGACACAGCUUCAGAAGUCUCCAGAAAAGCCAAACCCAAGUUAGGAGAGAAGACGAGAGCUUUUUUAAUAGAAAGGCUGAGUAGAAGCAGAUGCCGUGGGACCAUGAUGGACUUGCGUCACCCCCGCUAUGCUGGGACCUCCAUGCAUGGAAACACUUAUAACACAGACACACACACACACACACACACACAGGCCUCUGGACUCAGAACACUCUUUGUAGGACAGUUUUGGCCUUUGAUGUUGUACUGUAACAAUUGUGGCCUAAGAAUGUCAUUGCUGUUCUGAAUUUUGUGUUUUCUUCUUUUAUGUUUUUUUUUUCUCACUGCUCUUUUAAUUUCUGUCAAUUUUCCUGGCUUCAUAAACCUGUGAUUCUGUUAUAAGAAAAUACAGUGGAUUUAAUUAGCAGCAAGGAAAUAUUUAUGGAGGACCUUUGGCUUUAGACGACGAUUUUUAAUGUUGGUUUUUACUUUCAUGCCUUCGUAAUGUGCAAUUCCUUGGGUACUGAAUGAUGUACAAGAAUUCAAUCUUGUGUAGAGGUAAACAUGCAUUUUGUUCUCUGCAUUUGCAUUGGAGUGACCUUAUGUACUUUGAGAAGAGCUGUAAUAAAUGAGCUGCCAGUGUUGAAUGGAAAAGGCUCAUUGACAUUUUCUCCAUUGGCAGAGAAACUCACAUCGGUGAUGUUGUUUUUACGAUUGUUAUUUUUGUACUUGUGUAAAUCAUAAUUAUGUACUCUUUUAUUUCUUUCAAUGAAAUAAAUCCCAUAGCGCUGUUGGCAGCCAAUUUGCUGA